UAUUAUACAUGAAUCAAAUCAAUUUGUUACAUUUUCCAGUAAUGGUAUAAGAUAACACAGUAGCAAAAUGUUGGUGCUAUUCGAAUCACCAGCUGGCUAUGCCGUAUUCAAGGUUCUUGAUGAAUCAAAAGUCAGAGAGGCCGGAGACUUGCAAUCGCUUUUCAGCACAGCAGAAAGUGCAUCCAAAAUGGUCAAAUUGAAACAUUUCAAAAAAUUUGAAGAUAUGACUGAAGCUCUUUCAGCAACAACCGCAGCCGUGGAAGGAAAGUUAUGCAAGCCUUUAAAAAAAUUGCUCAAGAAAAUAGUUGCAAAUGAAGCACAUGAAAAACUUGCGGUUGCUGAUGCAAAACUUGGAAAUGCAAUCCAAGACAAGAUGGAUUUAAUGUGCUUGUAUAGUCCAGCUAUACAUGAGUUAAUGAGAGGAAUACGUGCUCACAUGACCAGUCUUAUAACUGGGCUGCCUGAGAGCGAUGUGACAGCUAUGGCACUUGGACUCGCUCAUAGUCUUUCUCGAUACAAAUUGAAAUUUAGCCCUGACAAAGUUGACACAAUGAUCGUCCAAGCUAUAUCGUUACUUGAUGACCUGGAUAAAGAAUUGAAUAAUUAUAUAAUGAGAUGUAGGGAAUGGUAUGGUUGGCAUUUUCCAGAACUUGGUAAAGUUGUUACAGACAAUCUUGCUUUUGCAAAGACCGUAAAGAAAAUGGGAAUCCGAACAGAAGCAAUAAAUUGUGAUUUGUCAGAUAUUCUUCCAGAAGAAAUAGAAGAGCAAGUGAAAGAAUUGGCAGAAGUAUCAAUGGGUACUGAAAUAUCUGAAGAAGAUAUCAGCAGGAUUACUUACUUAUGUGAGCAAAUCAUCGAAAUAACUGAUUAUAGAGCACAGCUCUAUGACUAUUUGAAAAAUCGUAUGACAGCAAUUGCACCAAAUGUCACAAUACUUGUUGGUGAACUUGUAGGUGCAAGGUUGAUUGCACACGCUGGUUCUCUUCUUAACCUUGCUAAACAUCCAGCUUCAACAGUGCAAAUUCUUGGAGCUGAAAAAGCACUUUUUCGUGCUUUAAAAACCAGAAAAGAAACGCCUAAAUAUGGAUUGAUUUAUCAUGCUUCACUUGUUGGACAAUCCAAUCCUAAACACAAGGGUAAAAUCUCAAGAAUGCUUGCUGCAAAAACAGCCCUUGCUAUUCGUUAUGACGCUCUUGGAGAAGAGUCCUCAACUCAGUUGGGAGUGGAAAAUCGUGCUCUAUUAGAAAUGAGAUUGAAGGCAUUGGAAGAAGGAACAUCUUUUAAAAUUAGCGGAACUGGAAAAGCCAAAGCCCAGGCUGAUAAAUGGACAAAUAAAAGCGAGGUUAAAAUGUAUGAUGACGCCAGGGAUUCAACUCUGCCAGGCCCUAAGAAAAGAAAACAUGAAGAAGCCUUGAUUGUGUCCGAUGGUAAACUGACUGCGCCCUGUACUCCAACUGCUGAACCUGUUAAAAAGAAAACUAAAAAAGAGAAAAAGAUCAAACUUGAAACACAGGAGUCUGAUGAUGAUCUUAACACAUCCAAUGGAACGGAAGUUGUUAAAAAGAAAUCUAAAAAAGAUAAGAAAGUCAAGACCGAAGUACAGGAGUCGUCACCAAAAAAGAUCAAGACUGAAGUACAGUCUCCACAGGUGGAAGGCAAACCGAAAAAGAAGAAGAAAAAGUCAAAAAAGGAGAGUGAAUGAUUUCAUGAGAACAUUAACGUGUUUUAAUUUUUUUUUCAAAUCUUCCAUUUGAGGUGAUUUUUUGAGACUUUCGCUUCAGUGCUUCAUCAUGUAUGCACUGUAGUGUGCUUCUGUACCAUUUUAAUAUCACUGCCAAAUAUUAAUAGAUUUCAACCAUGGAA